AUGGUCUUCCGAAGAUUUACGUUUUUCUUCACUGUCACUCUGGUGAAAAUGAAGCCUCGCAAAGCUUUCUUAGCUUCGCCAUUUUCAUGGGUCUUGAUCUUCUUCCUUACCAUUUAUUUGUAUGGGGAGAAGGCAUCAAGUGAUGAGGAGCAUAAUGUCACGCCUCACAAGGGACCUGUGGUAGGGAACGGUCAAUGGAGGACAUUAAAUGUCACUGAAUACGGAGAGAUCUAUGCCAUUGAUGUCAAGGAUAAACAAGGAGCACCAUCCUACCAUCUUCAGUUCCUCACUUUGGAACCAAACUCUUUGUUUCUUCCCGUGCUUCUCCAUGCAGAGAUGGUCUUUUAUGUUCAUAGAGGGAGUGGAAAGCUGACAUGGGCAAAUGAACAUGGUACUAGCACGAUCACUUUACGUCGAGGAGAUCUCUGCAGUCUCAGUGAAGGAUCUGUUAUCUAUAUGCAGAGCAACUUGGAUGCAGAGAAAAACAAACUUGAGAUUUAUGCAAUGUUUGCCAAUGCAGACGACAACACUUACGAUCCAUUAAUCGGUUAUUACUCAAGGAUCAAUGAACUGGUCAAAGGCUUUGAUAAGAAAAUCAUGCAAGCAGCACUUAAGGUGCGGGAAGACUUGGUUGAAGAAAUCACAAACAAGACCAGCACUCCAGUUAUAGUGCAAGCUGUUUCAGAGGAGCAAAACCCUGUCUGGAAAUUGGAGGCUUUGUUAGUUGAAAACAUUUUAGACAUUCCGUCCAACUCAAAGAAAGUCAAAACAUAUAACAUCUUUGAUCAUGACCCCGACAUAAAAAAUUGUAAUGGUUGGAGCUUAACAGUUACCAAAAGGCAACUAAAAUCAUUAAAGGCCAACGACAUUGGAUUUGUGAUGGUGAAUUUGACUACGGGAUCAAUGUUGGGGCCACAUUCGAACUCAAGGGCAACAGAUAUAGUAGUGGUGUUGCAAGGGGAAGGCAUGGUCCAAAAAGUCUGUGGAAACAGCUUUGAUAACAAGACAGAAUGCCGAAGCAUGAGGUUUAAAGUUACGGAGGGAGAUGUUUUUCUGGUGCCUAGGUUUCAUCAAAUGGCUCAGAUGUCAUUCAACAACGAUACACUUGUUUUUCUGGCCUUCCGCACUGCAUCAAGGAGAAAUUAUCCAAAAUAUUUAGCUGGAAAGGGAUCAGUGCUUCAAAUUAUAGACAAACAGAUACUUGCUACCUCUUUGGGUGUCGGUAACACAACCAUUGAACAGAUUUUGGCUUCUAAGGAUGAUUCCAUCAUUUCCGGGUGUAUUUCCUGCGCGGAGGAAGAGUAAAUGAUAAUGAAGGAAGAAAUAGAGAAGAAAAAGGGGAAGAGUAUCUUGGAUUUGAAGUAUAUCUAA